AUGAUACCAAUGGGUAGCUACCCCACCAUCUUUCAGGCGGAGAUUCAUGCAAUAGAAAUUUGUGGCAGAGAAUGUCUCAGAAGGGGAACGUCAUCGAAAUAUAUCUGCAUUAUGUCGGACAGUCAGGCAGCCCUACUGGCCCUGAAGUCCCACAAAAUAAGUUCUCAGCUAGUACAUGAUUGCCGCAAUGUCCUAAAUGCUCUUGGUGACAAGAAUACAGUCUUAUUAGGAUGGGUACCAGGGCAUGAGGGACAUGAUGGCAAUGAGGAGGCUGACUGCCUAGCGAAACAGGGAGCUGCCGCAGUAUUUUAUGGUCCGGAACCCUUUUGUGGGCUCACCAAAGCACAUAUAAAGGGGACCAUGAAUAACUGGGUAGACAAAAUGUUCAACAGGCAUUGGAUGGAAUGUCCAGGGCAAAGACAAGCCAAACGAUUUAUCUGCCCUUCAAACGAAGUUUCAAAGAAACUAAUCAAUUUAGGCAGAGAGGACCUCAAAACUCUUACUGGGUACUACACGGGACACUGUUCUCUUCGUUACCACCUCAGUAAAAUCAAUCUUUCAGAAACAAGCGUCUGUCGCUUCUGUGAGCUGGACGAAGAAACGCCAGAACACAUUCUCUGUGAAUGUGAUGCUCUCGCUAGGCGCAGACUAGCCCACUUUGGUGGCGCUACCCUUAAUCCAUUUGAAAUUUGGAACAAAACGCCCUUGGAGGUGCUAGGCUACAUUAAGAGCCUUCCCUUAUAG